UCAAAGUUAUUAGGAACCCAACUGCCCACGGAAAUGUUCCCCUUAGCAUCUACUUUGAAACCUUAUCCUAUCCCUCUCAUGCAUAUAUAAAUACACACAUACCUCCCAUUCCAAAAGCUAGUUGAGUUGUGAUUAAGAAGAGGAGGGAGGGGCCUUUCCAUUUCCUCCUAGCCAAAAAAUUUGCACUAAGGGGGCCUUCAUAAUCUAUAUUGAGGUCCCAAAUUGAAGGGGGAUCGGAAAAAAAAGAAAGAGAAAAAAUGGGCGAAGGUCUCAACCAACUGUUCUAUGGGGUCUUCUCAUUGCCUCGAAUCGAAGACGCCGACGAGUGCUUGGAGGAAUCAUCCUUUUAUGGCGGCUCGGACGAAUCGGUCUCCUCGUCGACGUCGGAUCUCACCGACGAUGCAACUUCGCCGGCGCCCAAAUUGAACACGUCACAAAUUGAUGAGAAUGGGCCCCUUUAUGAACUAUCCUCUCUCAUGGAAGAUCUCCCUAUCAGGAAAGGGUUAUCCAAGUACUAUAAAGGGAAGUCUCAAUCCUUUUCGUGUUUAUCCAAUGUGAGAUGCAUAGAAGAUCUCGCGAAAAAAGAGAACCCUUACAGGAAGAGGAUGAAGACAUGCAAGAGUUAUGCAGGAGGAUUAGAUGCGCAAAAAAAGCCGAGUUUCGCGCCCGGGCCUCAUAGCAGGACCAUAUCCAAGAAACCCUCUAGGGUUUCAUGUGCUUCUGUGCUUUCAAAAAGAAGCAGCAGCAAUGGGCUUUUGUACAGCAGCAGAACACAUGCCAUCUCAGUUCAUAAGCACUUGUGAUGUGUAGCAGCUCUAGCUUGGUUUCUUGAUGAAUCUUUUAUCCUCUUGGGGAGAAAUAUGAGGCAGCACAAAUUUGUCAUGUAAUUAUUUAUGAGAGGAUUAUUAAUAUAAUGCACCCCACUAAAGAUUCAUUUUGCUCCUAGGUUUAUAUUCAUUUUCUUUUUCUACUUAGCAAAACGAAGUAGGAGAAUUACCAUCUUAA